UGUAUCACAAAUAUAAAUGAUUUGAACAGCUUUUACAGGGAGGGUACAGCAAUAUAUUCACAAUUUCCUUAAAAAAAACUUAUUUGUAAAUUUACAUUUGUGAAAAUAUAAUUUUGUCAUAAUUUGAGGCCAAGUUUACCGUAAUGUCCCUGCAGGGAAGUGAGAAGUUUUACAUCAAAUGUUUAACAAUAAAGGUCUUGAUGAGUAGAUGAGAAACAUUUAAAAAGAACAUGAAUUAAACUAUUUAGUUAUUUUUCAAGCAAAACUCCCCAAAACAGAAUAUUUUUGGUCCGUUGGUUUCCAAAAAGAUCUGAAAACAUCGCCCUGGGCUUCAGGAAACUGUGGUGGGUGUUCAUCAUAUUUGUUCUGGCAUUUUAUCGACCAGAUUAAAUAAUCAGUUAUUUGAUUAAUCAAAUAAUGACAAUAAAUCGUUAGUUGCAGCCCAUGUCUUAAUGUUGAAUGAGUACGGCUGCAAAUUAAAUGUGAAACAGUUCACAGAAAGAAAACAUUUAUGAAUAAUUUGAAUUUCUUUCACCUUAUUAGACGUAACAACUUUCCUACUUCCGGUAUGACGUCUUUCGGUCUGUUUUUAUUAGGAAACGUGUGCGCGCGCGCGUGUGACAGAGGGGUGUGUCCUCCUCAGUCUCCAUGGAAACGGUAUCAAACACGGAAGUUGUCCAUCCAGUCUGCUGCAGGUGAGCUGACAGGAUGCUCAGGUUUCAGGAGGUGGAGUCAGGCCAGGCUCCGCCCCCUGGCAGCGGCGGCCUGGUUGCCAAGCGAUACAGCAUCCUGCGGAGUCUGGGCCGGGGAAGUUUCGGUUCGGUUUAUCUGGUUCGGGACACCAAAGCUACAGACGGGGAAGAGCUGAAGGUGUUGAAGCAGAUUCCUCUGGGCGACCUUCGACCCGACGAGACAGUCCGAGCUACACAGGAAGCCCACCUGCUGUCUCAGCUGCACCACCCGGCCAUCCUCACCUUCUACCACAGCUUCCUGGAGAGAGACGCCUUCUGCAUCGUCACAGAGUUCUGCCAGGAUCGGGACCUGGACUGUAAGCUGGAGGAGGUGAGACGAGCUGGGCAGAGCCUCCCCGAACUCCAGGUCAUCGACUGGCUCCUCCAGCUGCUGCUCGGCCUUCACUACAUGCACGACAGGCGAAUCCUCCACCGAGAUCUGAAGGCCAAGAACAUCUUCCUGAAACGAAACUUAGUUAAAAUCGGUGAUUUUGGUGUCUCCUGCCUGCUGAUGGGAUCGUGUGACCUGGCCACCACCUUCACAGGGACUCCAUACUACAUGAGCCCAGAGGUGCUGAACCACCAGGGAUACGACUCCAAGUCUGACAUCUGGGCUCUGGGCUGCCUCCUCUAUGAGAUGUGCUCCCUGACUCACGCCUUCCAGGGUCCUAACUUCCUGUCUGUGGUAAUGAAGAUCGUGGAGGGAGAAACCCCGACGCUGCCCGCCGGAUACUCUCAGCAUCUGAACUCUGUCAUGCAGAGGAUGCUGCAGAAACAUCCAGCAUCCAGACCGUCAGCUGCAGAACUCCUCAAGACCAAGUUCAUGGAGGAAAAAAUGAAGAAAAUGAAGGACAGGUUUGUCUUUGUGGCGUCAGACGGAAAGAAAGAUGCUGAACUCAUCGCCAGGAACAUGCAGACGAAGGUUCACCUGCAGACGCUCAGGGAGAAGUCAGAGGUGGAGAAGAUGACGCCCCGAGAGAGAAUGAGGCUCCGCAAACUGCAGGCUGCUGACGAGAAGGCCAAGAGACUCAGGAAGCUGGCUGAGGAGAAGUACGAGGAGAUCCACACCCGCAGGAGGGAACUGAGGAGCCGCCAUUUUGAAAAAGUCAGCCUGGAUGUUCUGAAUGAGAGCAGAGAGGGCGGAGCCUGUCAGAGUCCGCCAAUCAGCAUCCAGGAUCACCGGUCACCGGGAGGGUCGCAGCCAAUCCCGAAGCAGAAUGACAGCAAGACGUCAGAGUCGGAGCUGCGCGAUAUCCCAGAGGAUCCUCAGGCUGCAGAAGUUUAUUACAACCAGGACGGGUUUGAUUCCUGUUCAGAGGACGAAGAGACAGAAACACCUGCGGAGACACUUUACCUGUCUGACCCACAGAUCAGUGAGCUGGAGGCCAUGAUGAAGCACAUGCAGAAAGUUCUGGAAGAGGAGCUCAGCGGAGACCCGGCAGAGCCUGAGGCCCCUCAGAGCCCUCAGGGGCCCCCGACGAUCAACAGCAGCCUGCUGGAGACCAGAAUCCGACACCUGAGAGAGUCUGUCUGCAGCCGUCUGGGUCCAGACGUCUUCCAGGAGCUGUAUGAGGACCUGAAGGAGGCCAGACGGCGGCGGCGGGACGGUGACGAAGGCGUCGUCGAGGCUCUGAGACACCUGGAGGACAGACCUGAUGAUGGUUUCCAGGUGGACCAGCUGCUGUUCUACGAGGAAGAGCUGCAGAGAGCGAGACAGCUGCAGGAGGACAGCUCACCUGUCUGACAGCACCAGAGCAACCUGUGGAGGCAGCACGUAAACUGUGAACUGUGUGAUAUCUGCAGACAGCUGGCCGGCGGUACAGGGGCGACGGACUGAACAGAGUAGAAGUAAUAGAAAAGUAGGUCAGCAAACACAAACAGAGAGCUCAGAUCAGUGUCCCUCGAAGGGCUUCACAUUCUCUACGAGAUCAUCAGACAGUCCUUUAAACUGCAGAAACACACAAACUCUAACCAGCCGUAUAGGUUUGGCUUCACACACACACACACACACACACACACACACACAACUGGAACAGUAAUAAACUCUUUAUUGCGAAUGCACUAACCGGACUUAAAAUGAUGUUUUAGUUUCCUCGAUACUACUUCCUGAUACUUGUUGUGUUCGCAUCUUUACUACAAAGAGCUCUGUGCGUUACUCGAUUGAUGCUCAUUUCUGGCGUCUUUGUGGGAGAAAAUUAACUGUGAGAAAACUAUGACCUGAAAUGCUGCAGAGCAGGAGGUGCUUAUUCCGACCCCGAGCAGUGCCGGCAGUCUUCCCCUGCAGCGUAAGGCUCCGACAACCUCCAGUAAGAAGACAUCGCCCGGCCCUACGCUGAGGUCGGCGGCCUUAAUGACCACUCGGGGACAGAUUAGACGUUUAUCACCUGACCGUUAAUGAAAAUGUGGUCAUGAUUGGUUAAAGCAGCAGAGCCCAGUCAGUGAUGAAAGACCUCAAUUAUUCAGUUAACCAUUUAUUAAAGGUGAAGGUUUUCCAGCCGUUUCUUUCGUCUGAAUCUGCAACAGUCACAGUCUUAACUGCCACCUGAUUGGUGAUGGAGCUUCAUGCUGAGGUCACAGUGUAACGGGCUGCAGGUGUGUGUUGUGGUGCAGCUGCAACGGGUAGAAACAAACGAAUCAGGAUCUUUGUUUCAUCUGACGUUCCAGACAAAUCCUGUUUUUCACAGUAAAACCUUCAGUCUGUUCAGUAUUCAGUGAGACUUCUUCUGUUAUCGCACUGAGAAUAAAAUAGCAUUCAAUCUUUUA